UUACCUUGUCUUCCACCACCAUCAGUUUCUUCGAUUUGUUGAUCUGCUUCUUCGCAGGCAUGGAGGGUUUGAUGCUAGAGAGAUAGAGUAGAGAGAGGAACGGCGGAGAAGCGUUGAAUGAGUAGUGAGGAUUGUAGAGGGAGAGAGUGGGUGAUUGAAUUUUGAGGUGUGGGGGGUUGUGAGAGAGGAGAUGAUGAAGGGAGGGUGUUGAAAGAGGUGAGCUGCUUUGUUCUUUAUUGGGUUUGUUCGAUUUGGGUCCGAUUUGAUAUGGGUGGGUGUUUUCCUUGUUUUGGAUCAUCCAACAAGGAGGGUAAUGGAGUGAAGAAAGAAGUGGCCAAGAAGGAUUCAGUUAAGGACGGCUCAUCUGCUCAGUCUCAUCAUGUGACCAGAGUUAGUUCAGACAAAUCAAAAUCUCGGAGCGGUUCUGAUUCUAAGAAGGAACCUGCAGUUCCAAAAGAUGGACCAACAGCACAUAUUGCCGCACAAACAUUUACGUUUCGGGAGCUUGCUGCUGCCACAAAGAACUUCAGGCCAGAGUCUCUGCUGGGUGAAGGAGGGUUUGGGCGUGUUUACAAAGGUCGCUUAGAGAGCACUGGACAAGUAGUUGCUGUGAAACAACUUGACCGAAAUGGCCUUCAAGGAAAUAGAGAAUUCUUGGUGGAGGUUCUCAUGCUUAGCCUCUUACAUCACCCAAACCUUGUUAACUUGAUUGGUUAUUGCGCUGAUGGGGACCAACGUCUGCUUGUCUAUGAGUUUAUGCCAUUGGGAUCAUUGGAGGAUCAUUUACAUGAUCUUCCACCAGACAAGGAGCCUCUGGACUGGAACACAAGGAUGAAGAUUGCUGCUGGUGCAGCUAAAGGGUUGGAGUAUUUGCAUGAUAAAGCAAGCCCUCCUGUCAUAUACAGGGAUUUAAAAUCCUCCAACAUCCUUCUUGAUGAGGGAUAUCAUCCUAAAUUAUCAGAUUUUGGGCUUGCAAAGCUGGGACCUGUUGGUGAUAAAACUCAUGUCUCCACAAGGGUGAUGGGGACGUAUGGUUAUUGCGCUCCUGAAUAUGCUAUGACUGGCCAACUUACUCUGAAGUCUGAUGUUUAUAGUUUUGGUGUCGUUUUCCUUGAACUUAUCACAGGGCGUAAAGCUAUUGAUAACAAUCGGGCUGCUGGUGAGCAUAACCUUGUUGCAUGGGCACGACCACUUUUCAAGGACCGUAGGAAGUUCCCUAAGAUGGCUGAUCCACUACUGCAAGGCCGUUAUCCAAUGCGAGGACUUUACCAAGCUCUAGCAGUUGCAGCCAUGUGUUUGCAAGAACAAGCAGCUACAAGACCUCUAAUAGGGGAUGUUGUGACUGCGCUCACAUAUUUAGCCUCCCAAACUUAUGACCCAAAUGCAGCUUCUGCUCAGAGUAAUAGAGUUGGUACCUCUACUCCUAGGAGCAAGGAUGACAGGAGGAGCCUACCAGAUGGAUUGGAUAGCCCAGAUAAUCCUGGACGUGGUGGCCGACUUGGCUCCCCUUCCACUCAUAAGAAUUCACCUGAUUUCAGGAGGAGAGAUCCUCUAAGGGAUUUGAGCACUGCCACAGACUUAGGCAGGAGUGAAGCUGGUGGUGGGUCUGGGAGGAAAUGGGGCUUGGAUGAAUUAGAGCGACAGGAAUCUCAGAGAGACAUCCCCAUAAGUGCUGGACGAGCUAGGGACACUGAGAGAGACAUCCCCAUAAGUUCUGGGCGAGCAAGGGAAACUCCAAGAAAUCGGGAUUUAGAUAGAGAACGUGCAGUUGCAGAGGCAAAAGUGUGGGGAGAGAAUUGGAGAGAGAAAAAGCGAGCAAAUGUGGUUGGUAGCUUUGACGGAACAAAUGGGUAAUUGGGGUGAAAACCAAUUCAUGUUGCUGUCUGGUCUUGUAGAGAAGAAUUGUUCUAUGGUUCAGAGGAUCAUGAUACAGGAGCAGAAGAAAAUUUGCAGAUAUAUAUAUCAUCUUUUUACUGUCUUGGUUUCCAUUUUCACCCGGAGAAUAAGGGUUCUUGUAUCCAACUUUGACUGUUGUUGCUUGUCUUAUAUAAUUAUCAGUACCCCCUCAGAGGUAUGAAAUGGAAUGCAUCUUCCAUUCCAGUUAUGUGAUGAAGGAAGAAGAGAGGCAGGCAGUCAAAGAAGGGAUAGGGAAAAUGGGAGCAGCAUUGUAAUUUUGGGCAUUCACUGGUGACCUCUGCAUUAUCUGCAACAUGUUAAUCUAUGUAUUUAGGGUUUUUCUGAAGUUGAUGAUUCAGAAGAGGUGGUGGGACGAUGUCUAAUUUUUGCCCCUUUUGUACUUGUCCUUAUAUCUCGGGGGGAAACUUUAGUGGCUUUUGGUUUGGGUGUCUCAUUAUUCCCUGUUACAUUCCCAUCGUGUAUGGAUUUCUGAGUCCAGUCCAUCUGUGUUUUCGGCUUAUACAAAAAAAAGGUUUGAUCAUCAUCAUCAUAUUAUUAUUCUUAUUUUUAUUAUUA